AUGAAAGAAGAUAGAGCUGAUUUGGACCAAGGAUUGGGAUGGAUCACGUUCUUGGCUAAGGGAGAGAAGAGAAUGGUGACCUUUAGGCAGCUGGAAAUCUUGUUUGGGUUCAACUAUGGAGAGGGAACCAAGUGGAACUUCAAGGAAAAGGAACUCCAAAGGGUUUGGGCUACAAUCGCUGAUGGAGUGUACUCUUCCUCAAGGUCCAAGGCAGCUCAGAUCAGGAGCCCAGUCUUGAGAUAUGUGCACAAGGCACUUGCCAACACCUUCUUUGCAAGGAAGGCACCGGGACAAUCAACGAGGGGGAACUCAAGUUUCUUGACAUGGGAAUCAAGCCCUUCUCUCACGCACAAGCGAUGGCAAGAGGAUAAGGGGAGAUAG